AUGGAGUUACUCUUAAAGGAUUCUUCUAUGCGAAUUGGAACACACUCACAAACCUUGGCGGUUGCGGGGAACCGAUUUUCUUGCGCGAAUCUGGCAGCCGUAGGUGCGGCUGCCGACGGCGUAGAAUGUGGCGUUGCCAGAGAAGAAAUUUACCCGGGAGACCUUACGGGCUACCUUGGCGCAACCCAGUAUCCCAAUGCUGACCGUCGGCGACGCCAUCAAAUCUGCUACAAAAUACAAAGGUUAAAAAAAAAAAAUAAGAAAAAAGAAAAGAAAUUGACAGUAGGACUUGAACAAUGGCCCUACUCGGCUUUCAGACUUUCUUCCACUUCGGCCGCCCCUUCAGUGGUCUCCAUUUCCCCAACCGGCGGCUCGCCGGAGACGAAAUCCAGCAAUCCCUCACCGGGUUUCUCGCCUGAAUCAUCCGUCACCGGAGAUAUCCGGUCGAAAACAACGCUGGCAAAAAGAAAUAGGGCCGUCGAAACGAGCAGCGGCCAAAAGUACUUCAAGAUAUCGACAAACCUAGGCGCCAAAUAG